GGCGGAGCAGCCUCGGCCCGGUGGCUCUGCCAGGUGAGGGGGCUGGCAGGCUGCAGAGCAACAUGGAGAAAGGCACAGGAACGGCGCCGUCGCGUGAGGCCCCCGGACGGAGCUGAGACCUGACGGGAAACGCGGCCCCAACCCCCUUUCACGCCCACCCGGAGGAACAUGUCACUGGGCUACGUCAGGCCCCCACUUCCAUUGGCGGGACGAAACCCGAGCAGCCAAAAUGUAACAAUCCGCCCCGCCCGCCCGACGGAAUCAGGCUUUCCCAGGGCAGGGGGCAGGGUCCUUCCCUGCUCCCCCGCUGAAGACGUCCCCCGAACGCCGGGGUCCCUCCAUGACUAGCGGCCGCCCUGCCCCGCCAUGGCACACGGUUCCGACUCUGUGCUGAGGGACGCGGCCUGCCCCACCCACUCCCGCAGCUCGGGCAGCGACGCCAGCGCGGCCACCCGCUACCUGCUGAGGAAGCAGAACCGGCUGGUGAACGGGCACCCGCGGGGCAUCCGCACCUCGUCGCCCAUGGGACGGGUCAUUCUCAUCAACUCGCCCAUCGAAGCCACCGGCGAUGAGAGCGACGUGAUCAACGCCAUCACGGUGGAGAAGAGCGCGGACGGGAAGCUGGGCUUCAGCGUGCGGGGCGGCUCGGAGCACGGGCUGGGCAUCUUCGUCAGCAAAGUGGAGGAGGGCAGCAGCGCCGACCUGGCCGGCCUGUGCAUCGGGGACAAAAUCACAGAGGUGAACAGCGUGAGCUUGGAGAGCAUCACCAUGGGGAGUGCCAUCAAGGUCUUGACUGGGAACAACCGGCUGCGGAUGAUGGUGAGACGCAUGGGAAAGGUGCCAGGGAUUAAAUUCUCCCGAGAAAAGACCACCUGGGUGGAUGUCGUGAACAGGCGCCUGGUCGUGGAGAAGAGCGGCUCGACCCCGUCGGACAGCAGCUCCGAGGGCGGCGUGAGGCGCAUGGUCCAUCUCUACACCACCUCCGAUGACUACUGUCUGGGCUUCAACAUCCGCGGGGGCAAGGAGUUCGGCCUCGGCAUCUAUGUCUCCAGUGUCGACCCCGGCGGGCUGGCGGAGCAGAACGGGAUCAGAGUGGGAGAUCAAGUCCUUGCAGCCAACGGAGUCAAGUUCGACGCCAUCAGCCAUAGCAAGGCAGUGGAAGUGCUAAAGGGGCAGACGCACAUCAUGCUGACCAUCCGGGAGACGGGCCGCUUCCCCGCCUACAAGGAGAUGGUGGCCGAGUACUGCUGGCUCAGUCGGUUGACCAAUGGCCAACUGCAGCAGCUCUCGCAGGCCUCAGAGACCAGCUCCUCCAUCUCCUCCUACUCCUCGGGUACCCCCCACAGCUCCCUGGACGGGCGGCCCCAGACCCUGCUCUCCAGCCCCUCCCCAGCCCACAUGGUGGAUGUCUCCAUCUCCACGGAGGACCCUCCGGCGCGCAGCCGCUCCCUGGAGCGAGUGGAGACGGCCAUGCAGACGGACCUGCCCCCCGAGACCCGGCGCACCGUGCACCCGCCGGAGAUCCUGAAGGACACGGCCAUCCGGGCCGAGAGCCUCCGGGACCCGCUCCCCAGCAAGAAGCACAGGCCCUUCUCCGGCUCGCCCCGGAUGGCCCUGCUCCUGGCACUGAGCCGGCCCCGGCAGCCCCUCAAGAGAUCCCAGAGCUACCUCACCGUGGGCGAGGAGAAGAGGCAGGAGCCACCAGCGCCCGCCGAGGACAAGGCCGGACUGCGGCGCUCCAAGACCCUCGUCAACCUCUUCUUCCGAGGCAGCCGGGCGAAGCAGAGCUGGGCGCCAGGCAGUGAGGGGGCUGGGCCGCCAGGGCGCAGGAGACGGGCCAGGUCCCCGGCCAGCCCGGAGCGGGAGAAAGACAAAGGCCGUCCCAUCAGUUUCCUGGGCUCCCCGGGGCGCACCGGCCGCGAGCCCAGCCCAGCCGCUGAGAGCUGCCUCCCACUCCUCCGGGACAUGGCCGGGAAGCUGCUGACGGAGGAUGAGGUGACGGCCGUGCUCCGCCACUGCACCCGGUAUGUCCAUGAAGGUGGGGUGGAGGACUUGGUGAGGCCGCUCCUGGCCAUCCUGGACCGACCUGAGAAACUCCUGCUUCUGAGGGAUGUCAGGAGCCUGGUCACCUCCACCGACCUGGGCCGCUUCGACAGCAUGGUCGUGCCACUGGAGCUGGAGGCGUACGACACCCUGAAGAGCAGAGCAGGGAAAUCGCCCGCGCUCCGCCCGGCGCAGCAGGAAAUGCCUCCCAGGAGACACCUCAUCACACCCGUGCCUGACCGCCGGGGAGGUUUCCUGCUACAGCCGCUCCAGGCCCCGGAGCCGGGGGGCGCCGAGGAGGAGGUGGGGCUGGUGCCGAGGGCAGGGCCGGAGCGGCUGAAGGGCUCCCGCAGACAGACUCACCCGCGCGGCUACACGCCCCUGCCCGACGUGCCCGUGGACGCCUGCGCUGCCCCCUCCAGCCCCCCUGCAUCUCCAGCUGCCAGUGGGCCCAGCUGGCUGCUGGCGGAGCCUGCCCAGAGCCCGGGACUGGUGCCACGACCCGACCCCUCCGCAGAGGCGUUGGCACAGCCGGCAGGGCAGGGCGGCGAGCGGCCGCGUGCCCCCAGCUCCCCCGACGGGCAGGGGGAGGCCGAGUCAGGGGAGGACUGGCUCUACGCGGGGCUCAGCAAGCCCAGGCGGGCCCGGCCACGGCUCUGCCAGCUGUUCGCGGGCACCUCGGUGCCCAGCCAAGGGGCCCAGGGGGUAGAGGGGCUGGCCCACAAUGGCCCGGCCGAGGAGGAGUGCGAGCUGAUGACUGUCCGCCUCUCCAAGCUCAGGCAGUCCUUGGGGAUCAGCAUCUCGGGCGGGAUCGAGUCCAAGGUGCAGCCGAUGGUGAGAAUCGAGAAGAUCUUUCCUGGAGGGGCGGCAUUCCUGAGCGGGGUCCUGAAGGCUGGGGCCGAGCUGGUGUCGGUGGACGGGGCAAGCCUGCAGAAGGUCACCCACCAGCGAGCGGUGGACCUCAUCCGCCAGGCCUACAGGACCAACCGGCAGGCGCCCAUGGAGCUGGUGGUGAAGGUGCCCAAGGCGUGACACAGGCCAGCCAGGGACGGUGCCAGGCCGGCAGCGACGGCUGAGGGGACAGCCAGACAGACGUCUUCCAGGCCCACGGGAGGACAAGCAGAGCCUGCGGCGACGGGCAUCCAGCCCCACGAGCCUGACUGCAGCCUGGCAGGAGUGGGGGAAGAGCCCCCCCCCGGCUCAGUGCGCUGCCCGAGAGCACCAGGUGGCCUCAGCCGGGCCUGGGCCUGGAACGUCCUUGACAUGCUGGUCUUGGCUUCAUGGGCAAGACUCAGCCCCGGGGGCAGGGGGAGCAGCAGGGGGCUACCAUGCCAUGGGGCUGCAACCCAUGCCUACCCCGCACCUUCCCCAGCUGAGCCAGGCUGCCCCCACGUGUCGCCUCCUGCAGGUGACAGGUCACCGUGUUAUACUGGCCCUCCCUGCCUGCCCCUGCUGGGCUAGUGAGGGGGCCGGGCCGGCCCCUAGGUGGACCAUGUGGCACCAGCGAGGGUGCAGGGUGGCUGCUCAGCUCCCGCAGGAGGGGUCACGGGGUUGGGACUGUCCUUGCUCCAGCAGCCCUGGGGGGGAGGCUGGAAGGGCAGCGCCCGAGGCCCCCUAUGUGCCGCAGUCCAGCUGGCACCUCGCAGGCCGGGGCAUCUCCCAGCCACGGCCCCACAAUCCCUCUCUGAGCUGGGGGGCCCGGGAGAGGCUAAAAGCCCUACUACUGCUGCCAGGAGCUGCUGGGGGGCUGUCCUGCUCCCCUGCCACAGCCUGGCUGGGGCGAGGGGGGGGACCAUUGCUUUGAGCAGGCUGCUUGUGCAAUGACCCCCCCAUACCCCUGCCCCCCGGGGAGCGCUCUACUAGCCGGCUCCCACUGUAGGUUGUUAACCUGUGUGGGGCACCCCAUGCACUUUACAGGUACCCGGGUUCAGCCAGCCCCUGGCAUCUCACAGAAGAGGGCGAGGGGCAGCAGGGCAAUGGCCCGUGGGGGGUGCUCACAUUGCCCCCCUCCCCCCCAAGACACACACACAUCUCUUAAAAACAGAGGGGUGGGUUUUAUUAGCACGUUCCUCUUGGUUUGUACAAGAAAUUUACACAGCCUGAGAACCAGACAAGGUCAGAAAUAAAGUAAAAAAACCCCGACCCACCGGCUGGCGCUGCCCGGGGCAGGGGGGAGGAUUGGUAACAAAUGGAUGGACCCAGCCCAGA